AGACGUAGGUUACAAAAAGGUGCGGGUUUCUAGGGAGACAGAUAGAGGGGAACGGUAACAGUCCUUUGAGGAAGAUGUGAAAGACGAGAUCUUCUCAGGAAAGUAUGAGAGAGAAGAGAGUUGAAAGUAUGGUGAAAGACCUCCCUGGGUUGUAUGAUGGAAGGACUGGGAAAGGAGAGAUCCAUGUGCAGCGCUAGUACCUUCCCAUGGCUCAGUCACCCCAAAACAGAGGCCUCAACCCUGCUAUGGAAACUCAAAGACUGCUUCUCCACCUCUGAGACAACCGCCCCUCAUCACACAGAUAAAGAAAACAAUUACAUGGAGAGCAGAAAGGCUGUGCUGGAAUUGAAAGAUGUCCCUCCUCCUCCUCCACACCAUACUUCCUCCUCCCAAUCAUCCCAGCCCUUCUCUCUGGCCCCUCUCCCUUUGCCUCAUCCCUGCUUGCCUCCCCCACCUCAGCUUGCACAAGGCUCCCACCAACAACAACAACCACCACAACAGCAACAAGAGGGGGUUAGCCCCAAAGUAAGCAUUUGCACUCAUUGUGACUAUUGUAGCACAGAGGGCUAUGGGUUAUUAGGUGGUGGUGGUGUUGUUGGUAGCAGUAGCAGUAGCAGUGUUGCUGGUGUUGUCUCACUCUAUAUUGCCCCAGGCUCUCUGGGAGCACCUGUUAACAACAGCAGUAUUAGCAGGUCUGGGCCUUGCUCUGUAGCCUCAUCUGUUCAUCAGUGUAAAAAUAAUCUGAGCUAUGGAAGUGGAGGUGAAUCUCUUGGUCCUUUGUUCAGUCUUGGUUGCAAGCCUCAACUGCCCUCCUCUGUCGCUACGUCUCAGCCUGUCUCAUCACACCCCUACCUCCCCUGCUGCUCGGGGCUUCUCCGCACCUACCCAGCUUUACCUCUCCCAUGCAGUCAACCCAGUCUGUUUCCCUCCUCAGCUCCUUUAGCUUCUUCUCUCCCCUCUGUUUCCUCUCUUCCUUCUCCAUUGCAUGGCUCUUGCCUGGUCUCUUCUGGCUACUACACCUGUGCGAUGGACUGCAGCCCAUCAGCCAGAAGAUCCCAGAGAAGCACACUCUGUGGCCACCCAACCCCCACCACCAUCACUACUACAACCACAUCAGCACACUUCUGUUCUAAUCCUAUGCACCUAAAUGUAGAACGCACGGUUUGUGUGAAGGGAGCACACUACUGCCAAGAGUGCUUGUUGAAGCCAAUGAAUGGUCUGGCAUCAGAGUCAGACAAGGUGUGGCCCAAUGUUCCUGUUCCCCAGACUGCUCCCAUCCCUGUCCCCAUUUGCAAUGGCUGUGGCACCUCCUCUGAUAGCAUGAUGCUCAUGCCAUCGAACAGCCUUGGCAAGACUGGCCAGAAGUAUGGUUCGCCAGAGAAUAGUGGUCCUGAGAACAUCCCUCCUGUGGGUGUCUUCUGGGACAUUGAGAACUGCAGUGUUCCCAGUGGACGCUCCGCUGGAGCUGUGGUCCAGCGUGUUCGCAGCCGUUUCUUCCAGGGCCAUCGUGAGGCGGAAUUCAUUUGUGUCUGCGAUAUCAGCAAGGAGAGUAAAGCUGUCAUCCAAGAGCUCAAUAACUGCCAGGUUACUGUUGCACAUAUCAACGCCACAGCCAAAAAUGCUGCGGAUGACAAACUUCGCCAGAGCUUGCGUCGCUUCGCUGAGACCCACACUGCACCUGCAACUGUUGUACUCGUAUCCUCGGAUGUGAACUUUGCAAGUGAGUUGAGUGACCUGCGUCAUCGCCACGGUUUCCAGGUAAUCCUGGUCCAUGGCAACCAUACAUCGUCAGCCCUUCUGCAGCACGCCCACCGCCACGUGGCCUUUCAGGAGAUCACAGCUGAUCUGCCGCCACGAAUGCUUGAAAAAGCACAGCCCAGUUUCAACCUCCUCUAUGUGCACAACCUCCCUGUCAACUGUGACAAGAGCCUGCGGAACGCUGUGAAGCUCAGGCUCCGCCGCCUGUCUGACAACUGCGGUGGCAAAGUGCUGGGCAUGUCCCAGGGCACAGCAGUCCUCCGUUUCGGCAGCCCUGAGGCAGCUGCGCGUGCCCGCAAGCGAAUGGAAAAUGAGGAUGUGUUUGGUCGCCGAAUCAACCUCUCCUUCUCCCCACGGCCCAGAGAUGAUGCAAGUCCUGAGCCUGAGCUUCAUUCUCAGCCCCAUCACUUGCCUCAGACUCUGCCCCAGCCCUAUCAAACCCAGGAUUCAAUGUUCGCCCCUCUCCCAUCUAUAUCCUCCUUCUCUUUUCUGCCCCUGGAGAAGCCCAGGUCACCCAGGAGGCCACGGCGAGCAACACGCCCAUGCCACACCCCUGGCCCAGUGCCUGAAAGGCCCUACAGCCCCAGGAGGGGGUGCAGUGGGCCUCCCGGUGGUGCUCCAGCCAAGCCCCAUCAGGAGCUGGGUACUCUGGAGGGCAAGUCCAGAAUGGGCUUUCACCAACUGGAUAAAGGGCGUGCUGCUUCCUCUUCCCCCCACAGCAAUGGUGAGACCGGGUCCCUCGAGCAGAUGUCCAAACCUGGCCUCACUGGAGAGUCCAUGUACAGAAGGAGAAGAGAGGGCUCUAGUCCUCACAGUGCAACUGAGUCCCCUGUAGAACAAGGAGACAGGAGCUCAGGGGAGUUCCACAUUAGCACACCCUCAGCCUUCAGCAAGCUGAACCUGCACAGGAGCUUCAGUCCUCUUGUCCUCUCCCAGGGCUCCUGGUCCUCCAGGAGUGCGUCCCCAUGUCUGUCCAGCCGCUCCUCACCUAUUCUUGCUGCCCCUCGCAGCCCGUGUCCUGAAGGUCCCCCUGAGCCAUUCUCGGAGGGGGCAGAGGUCCAGGUGGGCAACCUGGACUACAGAAUGUCCCGUAAGGACCUGCAGCAGACACUGCAUGACACCUUCUCCCGAUAUGGGCGGGUGAAAGCUGUGGAGCUUAGCCCCCACACUGACUAUCAGCUGAAGGCCACAGUUCAGAUGUUGUCCCUACAGCAGGCCAUCAGUGCUGUCAGUGGCCUGCACCGCUACAAGAUCGGAGGCAAGCGCAUUCAGGUGUCUCUGAUCACCGGUGGCAGCAACAAAUCUCUUGCCAUGCUCAGCACAGAGAUCAUCAGCAUUCUUCAGGAUGCACCUGCCAAUUGUCUUCCCCUGUUCAAGUUCACUGAGAUCUAUGAGAAAAAAUAUUCCCGUAAGCUGGUGGUUGGGGAUCUAUACAGACUACCAGAGGUGGUGGCGGUGCGGGAACAGGGAGGCUCGAGGCUUGUGUGCCUUCUACCCAGCAGCCAAAUCCGUCAGAGUCCACUGGGAUCUUCCCAGUCCCUAGAGGGCUCCUCUUCAGCUAGUGGCAGCCCCGUGGUGUUUGAGGAGCUGGAGUACCACGAACCUGUCUGCAGGCAGCACUACGCACAGCAGGACUUCAGUGAGGCUGACUUUGACCCUGACUCCUAUAAAAUCCCAUUUGUUGUGAUGUCUCUGAGCACCUUGGCCUCCGAGGUCCACAGUCUGUUGCAGUCACAUGAGGGCACCCUACCACUACUCAGUUUUCCAGACUGCUAUGCGGCAAAAUUCAGCCCUCUGCAGCUGGGCAAUGAGACACUGGAGGGUGGUGUUCCCCUGGAGCACCUCAUUACCUGUGUACCCAGCAUCACAAUAGUCACAGCUCAGAAUGGCUUCAAAGUCAUCAAGUGGAUCCACAACAAACCACCAGCACCCAACUCUGAGCCAUGGAUUCAGCGCUGCAAAAGUCCAGUGGGCAACCCUCAGCUCAUUCAGUUCAGCCGAGAGAUUAUCGACCUGCUGAAGAGUCAGCCUUCCUGCAUCAUGCCCAUCAGCAAGUUCAUACCCUCGUACCACCAUCACUUCGCCAAGCAGUGCCGCGUCUCUGACUAUGGCUACUCUAAACUGCUGGAGCUGCUGGAGGCUGUGCCCCAUGUUCUGCAGAUCUUGGGCAUGGGUACCAAGCGUUUACUGACCCUGACCCAUCGUGCUCAAGUGAAGCGCUUCACCCAAGACCUGCUCAAACUGCUCAAAUUUCAAGCUAGCAAGCAAGUGGCCAUCAAAGACUUCAUGCAGGCGUACCACUGGUGCUUCUCCAGAGACUGGAGAGUUAUCGACUAUGGCAUAUGUGACCUGAUGGACCUGCUGACCGAGAUCCCUGAAACCACCAUUACCAUAACACACCAGGCCCAGGACACAGUCAUCUCUGUUCCCAAAAGAGAGCGUACCAUGGAGGAAAUUGAGCACACCAAGCAGUUUGCAAAGGAGGUGGUGGACCUGCUUCGACACCAGCCUCACUGCCGAAUGCCCUUCAGUAAGUUCAUCCCCACCUAUCACCACCACUUCGGCCGUCAGUGCAAGCUCAGCUACUACGGUUUCACCAAGCUCAUGGAACUCUUCGAGGCAAUCCCUGAUGUACUGAUGGUGUUGGAGUGCGGUGAGGAGAAGGUGUUAACUCUGACAGAGGUGGAGCGUAUCAAGGCCUUGGCAGCUCAGCUGGUCAAGCUGCUGCGGGCUCAGAAAAACUCCAGCCUUCCUGUCAACCAGCUCCUCACAGAGUACAGCAAGACCUUUGGUUAUGGUCUGCGCCUGCAGGACUUUGACGCCAGCUCCCUACCGGCUCUGCUGACCAAACUCUGCCAUGUUGUCAAGGUGGUGGAUGGCUCGGAGGGUCGUGAAGUGCAGCUGAUCAACAGGAAGUCUCUGCGCUCGCUGACAUCCCAGCUACUGGCUCUGCUCAUGUCCCAAGAAGACGAGCAGGUCAACAAGGGUCUGAAGGUGGAAGAGCUGAGCCAGCAUUACCUGACUGUCCACGGAGCCCCGCUCAACCCAUGUGAAUAUGGGUUCCUCUCCCUCAGCGAGUUACUCAAGAGUCUGCCCUACCUCGUGGAGCUAUAUCAUGAGGAAGCUGAUGAUAACAGUAAAGCUGGCAACACUGCCACGGGUCAUGGCGAGGAGUGGGUGAGGCUGACCAGGCUUUACCAGUUCGCCCGUAACAUACGCGGCCUGCUCCACACCUACCACUACAACCAGAUCUUCCUGACCGAGUUCCCGGGAGCUUAUAACAAAUUUACAGGCUGCAGCCUUGAACCUCGUGCCUACGGAUACGUCAGCACUGAUGAGCUGCUCAGCGCCAUUCCACAGGUGGUCUGGAUCAAAGGGCACGGUCACAAGAGGAUUAUCGUUUUGAAGAACGAUAUGAAAGCAAGGACAAGCUCUUCAGUUCCCAACAGCCCCCAGCCAGGAGAGCUCACAGAAAGCCAGAGAGACAGCCCCAUUAGCAACACAACUUCUGGAACCCAGAGUCCAGGUGGCGAUGUAGCUGCAGAGUCAGAGCUGCUGUGUCUCACAUCUCCAGUGGACCUGCUGUGUGGACCUGUACCAUCCUGCUUACCGUCACCUCAGCUUCACCCCGACCCCGUCCUCCUCCAGCAGGCAGACCUGAUUCGCUUCGAGGAAAAAACUCCACCACCAACAGGGUGCGAUGAACCUGAGGUGGCAGCUGCAGCAGUCACUGACGGCACAUCUGAUCCACCUGAGCAGCCUGGCAGCACAGAAGACUCCGCAGUCACCAAACCUCCAGCGGCCCACAACGUGAAGACGGCCCUGUCCACGGACAGUCCCAGCAGAAGAGCUGCACGCAGCAGAAUCAAGCUAGCUGCCAACUUCUCAUUCACGGCAGGCCUCUGAUCCUCUCGCACAUACACAUUCAUUCUCAUACACACCAAGCAAUACUAGUUCACACAUAGUGUAACUCUGAAUAGAAGAGUUGACCGGCUACACUAAACACACUACUCAGAAAAGACCCCAGAAGAGCAUUGGUAUUAUCCCCUUUACGUCCAGACAGGCUGUUGCAUCCUUCUGCUUUCUUCUUUAUCACUCGUCCACCAUCUUUGUUUUCCUUGUUUUCUUAUUUCACAAUCAGAUGCUCACCAAGCUGUGAUGAUUUUUUUUUUUUUUUUUUCUUGCAGAUUUUCUGCAAUUCUUUAAUUUGCCAAAUCCAUCUACCGUAAAUUAGUUUGGUUGUUUUGUUUGAUUUCAUCCAGAGGGAAGUUAAAUUACGAUUCCGCGAAUGUGCAUCUUCGGUUUAGAGCCAUGUUGUGUCGAUAAACACUCGCUGGCUUACAGACAAUGAAUGGAACUGAGUUAGUUGUCACUGUUCAGAGUAUUGGUUAACAAUGGGAGAAAUGCUAGGUUUUAUAGUUCCCAAAAAUGUAGUUACCCACAUUCUCAGUUAGGGAAAAAAAUUGACAAAUAAUUGAAGGUUUGUAGAGAUGUUUUGUUCGUGAACCAUACUGAGAAACCUUCUUAAUCACUUCCCUGCUUUGUUCCCAAAAACAGAAAAUUUCAUUUAUGACAUUCACUCAAUUUUGAACUAAAGUCCAAUUUUGGAGAUUUUACUUUGUAGGUAAUCCCAGACAUGUCAACCAAACUGGCUGCUAAGCUCCUGCCUACUUAAUUCUUUUAGUCUUCUUUCGAGCAAAGUAUUCACUCUGUCCAUUCUUAAGAGGUUAAGAGCUUCUCUUUGAAGUAGAUUUUCAGCUAAUGUCUCCGUUGUAAAGUAGUUUAAGGACAUUAUUUUCAUUUCCUUUUAUAUCAUGCAGAUUAUUUAGCAGUCUGUGGAAGAGUUUGGCCUAAAUGUGAGGUGUAUUUGUUGGCAACUCAAUGAUGGGACUGAAGAGAGACCACAGUGUUAACUGUUGAGAUAGCGUCUUCUUUCCCGGAUGCUAACUCUUUGAACAAGUUAAAGUUUGGAUCGAAAGGCUUUGAAUGAUAUUGCGAUAAGCACCGCUCUCAGGAAUUUUUUAUCCUCGUGGUAUUUUGACUUUAUUUAUGACAAAGGUUUUGGCUCCUCUCUCUGAGGCCACUGACGAAGGCCUGAAAGAGAAAAGGUGGCUCUUUAAUACUCCAGCCAGGUGUGUGCUGAGGCAGCAGGAGCUGACAUACACUUCGAUUGUUCGUCUUAAGCCAGCAGCCAGUGUGUUUGUGUUCUCUUAGCUAUAUUUUGUCUGUGAGCGGUUUACACUGUAGUAGGUGGUGUGAAAUGUGCUUGGUGUGCAUAACUGAGUUUAUGCAUGGUGUAAACCCAGGAGGAGCAGACAGGAACAGAUGAUGGCAAGACAUUCUUUAAGAUCUGUCUUUUAUUUCCACCAUGUGUUAAGGAUCUUAGAGUUGGCUUCACCCUUGCAGUUGCCACAGAAACGCUCAAGGUUUUUUGAGUCAACCUUGUUGCUGGCAGGCACUGUAUCCGUGGUGGCGUCCACACCGUCUGAGUUGAUGAGUUCGAGGGGAGUAGCGAGCACUCCUGAGUUUGUUUUUGUUUUUGUUUUUUUUGUUUUUUUCUUUAUUAUUUUAAACGUCAAGGUGAACGGUUGUGAGUUUUUAGGGAAAAGAGAUGGGACUGGAGGCGAUAGGUUGUUUGUGGAGCAGCGCGGGCGCUCUGAGGAGCCUCCUGAGCAGACUGUGAUGUACACACAGAGGACCCUCUGCGGCUCUCUGGAACAUGCCGGGCUUUUACAAUGGCUUGUAUUUGCCACGGUGCCAAAGGAAACGCCAUCGUACCUCCCUGUCCCUCACGUCCCACAUAGAGGAGUUUUUACUUAUUGAUGUGUGUCGGUUUUCUCUGUUUUGCUCUGUCUCGAGUGUGUUUACAAGACGGCUGGCUGCCGAAUCGCCACCAACUAAUGGCGGCUGUCCAUCAAGUUUAGCACGACCUAGGUGCCGCUGUUCAGAGAAUGGGUAAGAGCCCAUUUAAUCAGCUUCUGUGCAGUUUCAGUGUUUAGCAGUGUUAUACCAUGAGUUUUCUUUGACAGACUUGAUUUUGACUUGGUGCGCAAAGCCUUUAAAUGCUGAGAGAGAUUCCACCUGCCAACUCACCAAAAUGUCUGGAACACCAAUCAAUAUGUUUUUAAAUAGGGCUGUUAAUGGCUCGUCUCUCCUACAAUGUUUUACGGACUCUCUGGAAACCUCUCUGUUGAAGGGCUGAGCAGUUCAGAUUAGUUAAUGGUUUAGAAUAACUUAGGAUAAAAAAAAAUGGCUUUAAACGCUCACAAGAAAUGUCUAGAUUUAAAUUUGGAGGUAUGAAUGCAUUACUUUUUGUGUAUUUGGGCAAACCAUAGCACUCCUCAGAGUACUGCAGUGGCAACUAACUCAGAUGUAUAUUUUAACUUCCCUAACUUAAGCCUUCUCUUGUCCUUUGGUAACAGCGAGAAGCUAUUGUACCUGUCAAAAUAUGCACUUCUGCAUAGUUUUGGUUCAUGAAAUACACACAUGAAAUUAUUUAGCGUUUGGGGAGGGGUUGUAUUCAUCUCCUCCUCUUUGUUUAUUCAUUGGAUAAAACUGUGUCACUUUGUCUUGCUUAUUCAGUUUUUACAUCCAGUGACAGUUCUACAGUGUUGGUGUCUGCUGUUAGAGAAUAAUUUCAAGGAACUUCCUUUAGUCAUCACUGCAGCGUCCUUAAAACUCCUGCCUUAUGGUUAUUUUUUUGCUUUCCUGCUCAACAUUUGUCUCACUGAUGUGUCCUCUCUACGUUCCACCCCCCCCCCCCCCCCCCCCUCAAACUGUUGCCUCACCGCACCAGAAGUCGCUGUAACAGUCUAACAUUGUUGAAGGGACCAAAAAGAUUUCCGUUAAUAAAUUUCACAAGCAUCACGUCCGCCUGGUCUCAGAGUUUUUGUGGCUGCAGAAGUAAGAAAAAGAAAGCCAGCGUGUUCCUGAAAGAUGCUCUUUAAUUAAACACAUAUAUACAGGUAGUUUCAGCUUCUUUUUCUGCAUAUUUGUUCAAUAUUCAACAUCAGGGUCUUCAUAAAUGUACUACUACUACAGAACGCUAAGUUAUCAGAAGGAAGGUCAAGUGACAAAGAGCAACACUUUGCUUUGACAUGAGUCACUAAAAUCCUAAAUACACUCAAACGUACACCAUCUAUUGUAGGCAUUUACAAGAGAGUUGCAUUCAGUUCCUGGUGUUUAUCAUUUAAAAACGCAAGACUAAGUUCAGAGGAUGCAAGUUGUUUGUUGUCAGUAAUAUCUGCAGUAUCCAUAGCAACUAUGAAUGAUGUCGUACUACCAAUAUUCAGUAUUUCCUGGUAGCUGAUGGCUGAGGUGAUGGUAGUAUGGCCAGGGAUGUGUUAUGUUUAGGGAAUGAGCCUAAAAAAAAAAAAAGAAACCCCACCAUAUAAUAAAAUGAUUUAAGUGUUGGUAUAUACAGAGGCUAACCAACACGAUGAAAAGA